GCUUUUCCGUUGAGCAGCGUGGCGAGAGGAAGGGGUUGUUGUACGGCUCAUUCAUUUAAAAACAAAUUCGCUCUUAAAACGUAAAAAAAAAAAAAAAUGCCUUGUCGAAAGGAGAAUUACAUUUUCUUAGCUCAGUCUGUUACCGUGGACUCGAAAGAGGUGGACGCUCUAGUAACCAAAAUCGGCGAAGCAUUGCACCUCUACAACAAUAAUACUACUACCACUAACACUGCUGCUAAUCAGAGGACAGUGUCAUGUCUUCAUAGUAACAACAACCACAACCACACCAAACAGAAUAAUGCAGCGCUUCAAAAACGACCUGGCUGCUGUUUUCGACUCAGGAAUCGUCCUAAUCAAAACCGGGGGAGCCCAUAUUCAAUACCACAGGACGCCGAUCAACAGUGUGGGAGCAUGAGAGCCUGGAAUCGAAAGAAAAUCGAUGUUUCUCAGGAGGACGACCCCCACCAGCUUCUUCAGGAAUUGAUUUUGUCUGGAAACCUGAUCAAAGAGGCAGUGAAACGCCUUCAGUUAUCUGCGGCAGAACGUGCAGACCAUCCAGAAUCCAGCACCGGUGAUAAUCUGCAAUGGUAAUGAUGUGACAGCUGUAUACACAUUGUAAAUAAUAAAAAACAACAACAACAAAAAAAAACAGCAACUAAACAAACAAACAAAAGAAAAAAAAUUGAAGAGAGUGGGUUGAUUGUUGUUGAAAAUCAAGAUUCCACCGGGGCUAUUUUUUCUAAACAAAAGACUGCUUGCUACAUGUGGUUUUUACAUUUUAUAACAUGCAAUUAAUAAAGUCUGACUGUUUUUAGAAACUGUUUUAAAUAUAUAUUUUUUUGUAAGUCUUAAUGUUUUUUGUUUGUUUGUUUUAUUUUUGUUUUGUUUUUUAUUAGAAAUGUGUUUUUAAAGGACUCUAUGUACCGGUGUUUGUACAAUCAUCGUUUUUUGUUGUUAAGGACUGAGACACCUAAUUUGAAUUUCCACUCAAUGGCGUGGCACGUAUAUUAUCUGUACCACACAAGCCAACAUGUUUACGUGCAACCGGUACGCUUUGGGACUUUUGGCUUUUCCGUUAAAUGUGAAUAACAUGUUUUCAGUUUUUUAAGUUUGGAUAUGGUUUGAGAUGAAAACAACACUUGCCUUGUUUACAUAGAUAAACAUAUGUCUUUUUUGUUAGAUGGAAGUAAAUGGGAAUUCCGAGUCGUCGUCGUUAUUAAUAAUAAUGCACCCUGCCCUAGUUGGAUACCAAACAAAACGAUGUUAUUUUGACUGCAGUGAAUUUGUUUUGCAACCACUCAGCAGGGUGCAGCUCAGGGGAAUUGGCACGGCGGACCGUCUCAACUGUUGAAGAGUAGUUAUACCAAGAAUUACUACCAACUCAUCAGACCGGGUUGAUUUUAAUAACCCAGACACCCCCAUUUUAUGUCAUCCUGACGCGGAGUAAAUCAUUUUGUUCAAAUUACAUUAUGUACACUUCGUAACGAAGUAUUUCCACCCGUUUCCUGAUUUUUUUUCCAGGUUGUGUCUUUUGAAAUAAAAGCAAAUGUGGUUUUACAUUUGAG